AUGCAUGGAACAGUGGAAGGAGCAGCUGUUCCACGGGAGGUUAUUGCCUUGGCCCGCGGCCAGAUCUGGCGACUGGUGACCCCGGUGAUGCUUCAUGCAAACUUGACCCACCUCCUCUUCAAUGUGUUCUUCCAGCUUCGAAUGGGCUUCGGCAUGGAGAGGCAGUUUGGCAGGGAGAAGAUGAUGAUGCUCUACUUUGCGUGCGGCCUCUUCGGCAACCUCAUGUCCGUGGCAGUAGACCCGUACAAGCUCGCAGUUGGAGCCUCCACCGCCGGGUUCGGCCUCAUCGGCGUUUGGCUGGCAGAGAUCCUCCUGUCUUGGGAGAUCCUGGGGCCCGCGCGAGAGCGGACGGUGAUCUGGAUCGUGUUCAUGAUGAUCUCGGUGACCACGAUGUCCUCCAUGACGCCCAACAUGGACAUCUUCGGGCACUUGGGUGGUGCCUUGGGUGGAUUCCUGCUGUCCAUUGCCAUCAGCGACAUGAGGGAGGAGGACCGACCCGAGUGGUACGACCAGGUACGAGGUGCUGCCGUUCUGGGCUUGAUCUCGUGCCUUGGCCUGGGCUUCACCAAGGCCCUCAUGGUCAAUCCGACCGACCCAAUACCCGACUGCCAGAUCUUCAAGGCGCUGAGCGACGCCCUGAAGGCGGCAAGCGCAAGCCACGGGCACAUGGCCUGA